AACCCCCUCCCCAACCUUCACUUUUCCUUUCCCUUUCUCUCUCUCUCUCUAGAAAACCCCCCCAUUCCAAUCUAAUCCCUCUCUCUCUCUCUCAAAAAACAAUAAAUAGAUAUAUAUAAAUAUAGAUAUAGAUAAUUAGAAGAGGUGAAGAGAUGGGGCAACAAUCGUUGAUCUACAGUUUCGUAGCAAGAGGAACGGUGAUUCUAUCGGAAUACACAGAGUUCACCGGAAACUUUACAAGCAUCGCUGCUCAGUGUCUCCAGAAGCUUCCUGCUACUAAUAAUAAGUUUACUUAUAACUGCGAUGCUCAUACCUUUAACUACCUCGUUGAAGACGGUUUCACGUACUGUGUUGUUGCGGCUGAAUCCGUUGGUAGACAGGUUCCAAUGGCUUUCCUUGAGCGAGUCAAGGAUGACUUCACGAAGAAAUAUGGAGGGGGGAAAGCUGCAACAGCUUCCGCCGGUAGUCUAAGCAAAGAAUUUGGUCCCAAGCUGAAGGAGCAGAUGCAGUAUUGUGUGGACCAUCCAGAAGAGAUCAGCAAGCUUGCAAAGGUGAAAGCCCAGGUUUCAGAAGUUAAGGGUGUGAUGAUGGAAAACAUUGAGAAGGUUCUUGACCGUGGAGAGAAGAUCGAGCUUCUGGUGGAUAAAACAGAGAACCUCCGCUCUCAGGCUCAAGAUUUUAGGACACAAGGCACACAGAUAAGGAGGAAGAUGUGGUUGCAGAACAUGAAGAUAAAACUGAUAGUUCUUGGAAUCAUCAUUGCCUUGAUUCUCAUUAUAGUCCUAUCGGCUUGUGGGGGCUUCAAUUGUGGCAAGUGAGACACAUGCAUCAUUGCUUCAGGCAUUUAGAAUGGUAAAAAUCUCAUUCAUGGAAAAAGACUCGGGGUUCUGUCUUCCCAUGUUUAUUUGUUUGCCAAUGAUUUUCUUUUGCUAGUUACUUUUUGGGGUGACAAGGGCCUACCUUUUGUGACGAAACACUUAUAUUGUGAUAUAGUGGUUGUGUAGUAUGUAUUUAAGUACCAUGGAUGUCCUUACUAGGGAACUAUUUGAUUGCCGUUAUUGUUUUUUCUAA